CGCGUCACACAACCAGGCUGAGUCCUUGACUCUUCCGUGAUAUUGCCCCCAUUUUACAGACAAGGUGACUGAGGCUCAGGGAGAUGAAAUUGCUGGGUGUCCCGGCUCCUAAGUGGCAGCGCCAGAGUCCCAAGUUCACGGCAGCCCCGUGUCCUGGGCCCCUUGUUGGUGAGGACAGUUCUCAUGACCCAUCUGUCUCUGCCCCGAGGUGGAGGGCUGGGAUUAGGGCCUGGAGCUGCCUGCCUCACUUACCCUAAUCUCCCUCAAGGCUCCAUCUCAGCCAAUCAGCUCUCAGGGGAGGGGUGCUUAAGCAGCUUUGUGGUUCCUGAGAACCAAGGGUGUUCCCUGGGGCUGGGUCUCUGAGCCCUGUCGCCCCUCUCCACAUGGCCACAGAACAGGCGAGGGGGCAGCACGCCCCAGACCCUCAGAAGCCUCCUGUGGAGGCUGUGGCUUCCGGGAGUGGCGCUGAGGGCCUGCCCUUGACCAGGAAGAGGAGCAAGAAGGACAAGGGACCCCGCGGGUCCCAGAAGGGUGCUGCUGGCUCUGAGGAGCAGACCCCCAGCCCUGGCCCCCAGGCCCCGGGGAGCAGCAAGAGCCCCUCUGGGCCUGGGGAAGGACAGGAGGGGACAGGCCGUGCAGCCUCCAGGUCAGCCAGUCGUCGCCAGUCCCACCGACACCGCUCUGUCACCCGGCACGAUGCUGCUCAGAAGACCUACGGGCCCCUGCUCAACCGGGUCUUCGGGAAGGACCGCGAGCUGGGCCCCGAGGAGCUGGAUGAGCUUCGGGCCGCCUUUGAAGAGUUUGACACUGACCACGACGGCUACAUGGGCUACCGGGAGCUGGGCGCCUGCAUGCGGACGCUGGGCUACAUGCCCACCGAGAUGGAGCUCCUCGAGGUCUCGCAGCAGAUCAAGAUGCGAACUUCCACCCACCUGAGCUGCCUGGAGGAAACCUGCUCUCAGCUGCCCGUCAUUCUCCAGUGUGAGCAAGAUCUGGAUUUCUCCAGACCCUUGGGAGGCAGCAAGCUCCCUGGCACUAUAGUAUUUGAAGACGGGGCGGGGUAG